CGGCCCAGUUUGGGUCUCCGCAGAUCCGCAGAGCCACCAGCACUCAGGACCAGUCCUUCAAGUGAGCCGGGUGGCGCCUUGUCUCCCUUCCCUGGCUACUGCUUAGACAGGAUCCUCUGCCAGGACUGGAAACCUGCGCAGCUUGCUUGAAAUUGUAUGGAAAACGUAGCAGUUUGUGCCUCUGGUGUGUUUCUGGGACGAGGUUACCUGGCCUUCCAUCAGACUCAGUCCUCAAAGGAGUCUCCAAGUUCUUUGCUCCCUCCCCCACUCUUGACCCCUGCCGGGAACCUAGAGGCCAAAGUCUGCCCCAAGGGCUCCGGAGGGGGCAUGAGCAUGGAGCGGCUUCGGGGUCUGCUCCAGACAGCGCAGCUGUCCCCGAGACCCUCUCAGAGCAUCUACAGGCGUGUGGAAGGCCCCCACCAGGGCCACCUGGUGGAGGAAGAAGACAGGGAGGAAGGGGCUGAGCUGCCUGCCCGCUUCUGCCCCAUGGAGCUGAAGGGCCCUGAGUCCCUGGGCUCUCGACCUGGGCUGCAAAACCUCAUACCCUGGGCAGCAGCAGGACGCAAGGCUGCCCCCUACCUGGUCUUGACGGCUCUACUGAUCUUCACUGGGGCCUUCCUCCUGGGCUACGUGGCCUUCCGAGGGUCUUGCCAGGCAUGCGGGGACUCUGUGUUGGUGGUCAGUGAGGACGGCAACUCUGAGCUAGGCCUGGACUCUCACCGAGGAACACUCUACUGGAGUGACCUCCAGGCCAUGUUCCUGCGGCUCCUGGGGGAGGAGCGCCUGGAGGAGGCCAUCAGGCAAACCAGCUUUCGGGAGCGCAUGGCCGGCUCGGCCGGGAUGGCCUCCCUUGCCCAGGACACACUCGCGUUGAUGUCCCGCCAGAAGCUGGACCACGUGUGGGCUGACACUCAUUACGUGGGGCUGCAGUUCCCGGACCGGGCUCACCCCAACGCCUUGCACUGGGUCGAUGAGGAUGGAAUGGUCGGUGAGCAGCUGCCGCUGGAGGACCCCGACGCCUACUGUCCUUACAGCGCCACCGGCAACGUCACGGGAAAGCUGGUGUACGCCCACUACGGGCGGCCCGAGGACUUGCAAGAACUGAGGGCCCGGGGCGUGGAGCUGGCCGGCUGCCUCCUGCUGGUGCGCGUAGGGAUGACCAGCUUUGCGCAGAAGGUGGCCACCGCACAGCAUGCUGGUGCUCUCGGGGUGCUCCUGUACCCUGACCCAGCAGACUUCUCCCAGGACCCUCACAAGCCAGGCCUGUCUAGCCAGCAGGCUGUGUUCGGACACGUGCACCUGGGAACUGGAGACCCCUACACUCCUGGCUUCCCUUCCUUCAAUCAAACCCAGUUCCCCCCAGUGGCAUCCUCAGGCCUUCCCAGCAUUCCUGCACAGCCCAUCAGUGCGGACAUUGCUUCCCACCUGCUGAGGACACUCAAAGGCCCAGUGGCCCCCCAGGAAUGGCAGGGGCACCUCUCAGCAUCCCUUUAUCGCCUGGGCCCUGGGCCAGGCCUGCACCUUGCAGUCAACAACCACAGAACCUCCACCCCCAUCAGCAACAUCUUUGGGUGCAUCGAGGGCUUUGCAGAGCCAGAUCACUAUGUUGUCAUCGGGGCCCAGAGGGAUGCGUGGGGCCCAGGAGCAGCCAAGUCUGCGGUGGGGACUGCCAUUCUGCUGGAGCUGGUGCAGACCUUUUCCUCCAUGGUGAGCAAUGGCUUCCGGCCCCGCAGGAGUCUGCUCUUCAUCAGCUGGGACGGAGGGGACUUCGGCAGUGUGGGCUCCACCGAGUGGCUGGAGGGCUACCUCAGCGUGCUGCACCUCAAAGCUGUGGUCUACGUGAGCCUGGACAAUGCAGUGCUGGGGGACGACAAGUUCCACGCCAAAACCAGCCCCCUUCUGAUCAACCUCAUUGAGAGCAUCCUGAAGCAGGUGGACUCCCCUAACCACAGUGGGCAGACAUUAUAUGAACAGGUGGUGUUCACCAAUCCCAGCUGGGAAGCGGAGGUGAUCCAGCCUCUGCCCAUGGACAGCAGUGCCUAUUCCUUCACGGCCUUUGCGGGGGUCCCUGCAGUGGAGUUCUCCUUCCUGGAGGAUGGCCAGGAGUACCCGUUCCUGCACACGAAGGAGGACACCUACGAGAACCUGCACAGGAUGCUGCGAGGCCGCCUGCCUGCUGUGGCGCAGGCUGUGGCCCAGCUCGCUGGGCAGCUCCUCAUCCGGCUCAGUCACGACCACCUGCUGCCUCUCGACUUCGGUCGCUAUGGGGACGUGGUCCUCCGGCAUAUCGGCCACCUCAAUGAGUACUCUGGGGACCUCAAGGCCCGCGGGCUGACAUUGCAGUGGGUAUACUCGGCCCGUGGGGACUACAUCAGAGCGGCGGAGAAGCUACGGAAGGAGAUCUACAGCUCGGAAGAGAGCGAUGAGAGGCUAAUGCGCAUGUACAACGUGCGCAUCAUGCGGGUGGAGUUCUACUUCCUGUCCCAGUAUGUGUCACCAGCUGACUCCCCAUUCCGCCACAUCUUCCUGGGCCAUGGAGACCACACGCUUGGCGCCCUGCUGGAUCAUCUAAGGCUCCUGCGCCCUGAGGGCUCCAGGGUCUCCAAAGUACCCGGCCUGAGCUUCCAGGAAAGCCGUUUCCGGCGCCAGCUGGCCCUGCUCACCUGGACGCUGCAGGGUGCGGCCAAUGCACUUAGCGGUGACGUCUGGAACAUCGAUAACAACUUCUGAGACCUGCAGGCUCUGGAUCCAAACACCCCAGUCCCCCUGGUGACAGCUCUUCAUCUCCCUGCUUGUGUAGUGCAGGGUGAAGGA